GGAACAUAUGGAGAAUCCUGUUAGUUGUGUUUUUUUUAGCUGUGUGUGUCCCUGGGCCUCUUCAGCUUCCGCCCGCUCCCAUCGGAGGAGGACUGCAGGCUGUUCAUGGACUUCGACAUUCGGACGUGGCCGUGCUCGGCCGCCCAUGGCCCGCCUACGAGGAGUACAGCCGCCAGAUCCGGCGGGAGUACGCCCACGUGCCGGAGGCCCUGUACUGCAGGGCCCGCGCGGGCUUCCUGAGCGCCUUCAGCGCCGGCGCCGACCCCGUCUUCGCCACGGAGGCCUUCCGCCGCGAGCGCGAGGCGCGGGCCCGCGCCAACGCGGGGCGGGAGGCCGAGGCCCUGCGGCAGCGGCUCGGCAUGUGCUCGGCGCCGGCGCGGCUGGGCAGCGGGGCGCUCCUGUGGCUGAAGGCCGCGCCCAGGAGGCACGGGCCGGCGCUGAAGGCCUGCGGCGUGGCCGCCGCGGCCGCCGCCGUCGCCCUCAGGACGCAGCUGGUGCUGGCCGCGGCAGCGGCGGGCUCGGCGGCCUCGCUGGCGCUCGCGGCGCCUCUGGCGGCGUGGCUUGCGGUCGGGGCACCCUUCAGGAGGUACCCGUACGCGGCGCCCAGCCGCCGCGAGGGCGUGGCGGUCCUCGCGGGCUCCUUCAACCCGCCGCACCUCGGGCACCUGCAGAUGCUGACCCACCUGGCGGCCGCGCACGAGACGGUGUACGCCGUGAUCGGCGUGAACCCGAGCAAGCGCUACGCCGUGAGCGCCUACGAGCGGCAGGAGGGCAGCGAACGCCGGCCCCGCCUAGAUUGGUCUGGCAUCGACGCUUUGGUGCGCAAGUCCAACGAUAAUGAGUCACUGCAGCUCGCCUGGGACGCAGUUUUAUCCCAGCUUGAGCUCGAGCUGCUAGGACGGAAGCCCAGCCCUUCAAGUUGGCUGACCGUGCUAUGCGGGUACUUCAAUCUCACUCCUGAGACAUACCGCCACCCUUCGGCCGCACUUGCCGAAGCCGUGCGUGCUGCCCGUGACCUCGAGGAGGCGUCUGGCCCCGAGGCAGAGCACGUCGAGGGGGAGCGGGUUGAUGUCGUCGCCGUCGGGGGGGUCGACGGGGAGGUGGAUUUGUGCAAGGAAUUGGGCCACGUUGCCGAGAGGAGACCCAAACUGACGAGCUCCAGGCUGUGGCUGGUGGCGGGUUGGUGUGAGCUCGCUCGGAGCUUCUCGCCAGGCGGGCGCGCGGCGCCGCGCCGCGCGGCGCUCCUGGCCGGCGGGUGGUGCUGCCUCGCGGCGGCCAGGAGGGCCGACCCCGGCGACCCGCGGCCCGUCCAGCUGCUGCAGGGCGCCGCUGGCGGCGGCGGGCUCCCCGGGCCGGGCCGCGCGGGCGGGACGUCCAGCCCGAGCGGCCCCGCAAGGCGCGGCUACCCGACGUCCCCGAGCCUGCACGAGGCGAUGCGCUCGUUCUUCCCGCAGAUCGACCAGGUUGUGGACAACCCCGACGCGAAGGUGGGCUGCGACCACAAAAAGGAGGCCGAGCACAAGUAUCCGGUCAAGCAGCAGGUGAGGAACUUGUCGAGCGGUCGGCUGGUGGACAUAGAGCUCAUCUGGAACGUGGCACACCGCUGGUCGCCCAGCGGUUGGCAAGCCCCCGGGAGUAAAGCCAGCCACGCGCCCUCAAACAUGACGAGGCAGGUCCUUCGGGACCUCGCCGGCCGGGUACGGGGAGGCCUGGCACGUCUGCGCGUGCUCGUGUUCCAGAUCUGCACGACAGAGGCGCUGACGCUCCUCCAGGGCCCCACCUUCAUAUUCAGCUACAUGAAGCACCUCGACGACAACCCCUCCACUCUCCUGCCCCACCUGGUGUUCGCUGUGCUGUUUGAGUGGCAGGGCUGGCAGUCGACGGGGACGCGCGGGCUCCUCAUCACAGAGAGCUCCGGGCGAGGCUUCCGCACCGGCGAGGACGACUCCCUCCUCGAGUUCGACCUGACGGGGAGCAGCGGCCAAGGCGGCGGGCGCUCGCGGUGCUCCCCGCUGUUCCCGCUCGGCUUCUGGCGGCGCGCCCCCGGGGAGGAUCCCCGGGGACGACCCGCGCCGCCCCGAGGGGCUGCCGCGCGCCCGCCGCAUGGAGGGGCAGGACCUCGACUUCUACGCGCUGCGGACGCAGGUGGGCCCGAAAUGGAUCGACCGAGGCCCUGCUGA